AGUGGAUUCGUCCGUCGUUAGGCCUUUGCAGUAGGGAGUUGUUUGGCGGACCCCGCAAGUUUUCCUUUACUUUACAUGUUAUUUUUGUUUGUCGUAAAAAGGGUAAAUUUGUCUAUUUUAGCUUCAAGUGCUUCGUUUUUUAUUCUGUGAGUCGACGGACCAUAAUAACAAAGUGUUUUGGGCGUGGUACACAACUACACAGCUUAAGAGGAAAGGAAGGAAAGCAUCGGUGAGUCGGACUGACCGCUGCUGAGCUUAUGAUGCCGACGUUGCGGGACAGCACCAUGUCCCACCCCGGCGAGAAUUCCCACCAAGUCCGGGUGAAAGCCUAUUACAAAGGGGACAUCAUGAUUACCCAUUUUGAGCCAUCCAUUUCAUAUGAGGGUCUGUACGGGGAAGUGAGGGACAUGUGCUCCAUGGACAACGACCAGCUCUUCACCAUGAAGUGGAUCGAUGAGGAAGGUGACCCCUGCACAGUGUCGUCUCAGCUGGAGCUGGAGGAAGCGUUGCGUCUCUACGAACUCAACAAAGACUCAGAGCUCAUUAUCCAUGUGUUCCCAUGUGUACCAGAGAAACCUGGCAUGCCCUGUCCAGGAGAAGACAAGUCCAUAUAUCGGCGUGGAGCCCGGCGCUGGAGGAAGCUUUACUACGCCAGCGGUCACGCCUUUCAGGCCAAACGCUUUAACAGGCGAGCACAUUGUGCCAUCUGUACAGACCGGAUCUGGGGUCUGGGAAGACAAGGCUACAAAUGCAUCAACUGCAAACUGCUGGUGCACAAGAAGUGCCACAAACUGGUCACAGUGGAGUGUGGCAGACCGAUAAUCCAGGAACCAAUCAUGCCAGGGCCACCAUCGAGUCAAUUAGACCAAACUGAACAGCCAGGCCCUCAGAAUAAAGACUCCAGAGAAAGCUUGACUUACGAUGGAGAAGAGAAAGAGGCACGGAGCAGUAGAGACACGGGGAAAUCGCCUUCGAGUCUGGGCCUAGCAGACUUCGACCUGCUGAGGGUGAUUGGAAGAGGCAGCUACGCCAAGGUGCUGUUGGUGCAGCUGAAGAAGACCGAGCGUAUCUACGCCAUGAAGGUGGUCAAGAAGGAGCUGGUCAAUGACGAUGAGGACAUUGACUGGGUCCAAACAGAAAAGCACGUCUUUGAGCAGGCCUCUAAUCAUCCCUUCUUGGUGGGCCUCCACUCCUGUUUCCAGACAGAAAGCAGGCUCUUCUUUGUUAUUGAAUAUGUGAACGGUGGAGAUCUCAUGUUCCACAUGCAGAGACAAAGGAAACUCCCAGAAGAACACGCCAGAUUCUACUCAGCAGAGAUCAGUCUUGCGCUUAACUACCUCCACGAACGAGGAAUCAUCUACAGAGAUCUGAAACUAGACAAUGUGCUACUGGACUCAGAGGGACACAUCAAACUUACAGACUACGGCAUGUGCAAGGAGGGCUUGAGACCGGGCGAUACAACGAGCACUUUCUGUGGUACCCCCAAUUACAUCGCCCCAGAAAUACUCAGAGGAGAGGAUUACGGGUUCAGUGUGGACUGGUGGGCGCUUGGCGUGCUGAUGUUCGAGAUGAUGGCGGGCCGGUCGCCCUUCGACAUCGUCGGGAGUUCCGACAACCCGGACCAGAACACAGAAGACUACCUCUUCCAAGUUAUAUUGGAAAAACAAAUCAGAAUCCCCCGCUCGUUGUCAGUCAAAGCCGCCAGCGUCCUCAAGGGAUUUCUCAACAAGGAUCCCAAGGAGCGUCUAGGCUGCCACCCUCAGACAGGCUUUGCGGACAUCAUGGGCCAUCCAUUCUUCCGCAAUGUCGACUGGGACCUUCUGGAGCAGAAGCAGGUGGUCCCUCCGUUCAAGCCCAACAUCUCAGGGGAAUUUGGACUGGACAACUUUGAUGCCCAGUUCACUAACGAGCCCAUCCAGCUUACGCCUGAUGACGAUGACGUUGUCAAGAAGAUUGACCAGUCUGAGUUUGAAGGGUUCGAGUACAUCAAUCCACUCCUGAUGUCGGCGGAGGAAUGUGUGUGAGGGCUGUGACGUCUGUGCCCAUAUACCCCCCCACCCACAACAGACACACACACACACACACACACACACACACACACUCACACACACUCAUGCACGUGUUACAUGGUGUCUCAGUGUCUUCAGGCUGCAUGGUUACAAGACAACCCGACGACAUCAACCUUCUGUUCGAGGGCCGCACAUGCACAGUAGAACGCUUAUUUGCCAAAACCAGUCUCACACUCUGCCAUUUAUAACCACUUGCCCUUAAGCCUACCUUCUUUCUUAAUUAUUUUUAUAUCAUGUAAAUCUGCACUGAUAUCAAUUUUACUCAUCGGGGCCUCUUUAUCAGUAGCCAACGAGGCUACAAAGUUCUUCCAAGGUUGCUGUACACCGGGGUGCGAGAGAUGAGGCACAUCCCCUGACAGAUGAACUGGGCAUCUUCUCCUUCCAGCUGGUGGGGUGUUUUCAAUGCAUAUUUUAUUUGUGUAUAUAUAUAUAUAUAUAUAUAUUAUAUAUAUAUAUAUAUGAAACUACUAUUGAGGAUAAACAUUAGACAAGGCAUUUUUUUUAGCUUCAAGCCACAGUCGGACAAAACUGACAACUUAAAUCAUCAUAAAGUCGUUUUGAAUUUUGCUUUGUCCCAACAUCCCUUCUGUAGAGGAAACAGAAUCAUAACACUAGCAUUUAAAAAAAGAAAAAGAUAAAAAUCUAUAUAUUUUUCUCAUGUUUUAUUUAACAACAUAGCAGUCAUCAUGUGUGUUGUUCUGAGUGUUAACAGAACCAAAAAAAAAAGUUCAGGCUUUGUCGUUUAGAUAAAUGCUCAACAUCUGGAAAAUAGAGUGAGUCUACUUCGAGUCCCUCCUCCCAGAAUGAAGGAAUUUAAACAGCAGUAUCCAACCAACACUAAUAAUGAGUGAAUACUCAAAACUGUGAAUGAAAGAGCUUGUUAUGCCGGGAAAUGGGCUGGAAGAGUAGCACAUAGUACCUGAACGCUGGAGCACAGGUUUAAUUUUACUGUGCAGACCAUCCAUGAAAUAUACAUUUACACAGGACCAAAAAAACAUUUUUCUGAAAAAUGUCUUGCUGGUACGUAUUAGAAGGUACAGUAUAUAUACGAAAGAUGUGCUGUCCGAAGUCAUAGAAUUUAUAUAUUCAGAUUUUUUUUUGCUAAUUUUUAAUACUAUGCCUUUCUGAAAGUUAUGGUCUGUUAUCUUUUUUGUACUUUCUCCAUUCCAUGUAUGUCUUUUUAUUGUAAAUCAAAAAUACCAAGUGAUAGUUGAAACAAGAGCUCAGUAGAGAGUCAUGACACAGUGCAGUUGUGGUACUGAAACGUGGCUCGAGAACUGUAAUCUGUCUGCUGUGCUCCAUUUUUACCAUAUCUAACCCACAGUUCAUCAGAUAUUUUGUAAAAGUGCUUUAAAGCAUAUAAAAGCUCUGAAGAGCAACUCUCUACCCCUCGACUAAUGACACUAAGUGAUGACGCAUGAAGCUUCUGUCUACUUGGAAAAUAUUUUUGGGCUCACAUGGUGACAGGAGGAAUUCAUUCAUCUGUUAUACAUGUUACUUCUGCUUUAUUGUUACGUUUUUGUGAAUCGGGUUUAAUUAUGAAUUUUUUUAUCACUACAUGAUUCCAAAAUGUUACUGGGGUGAACCCGGUGGAAACACUCUUGUUGUAUUUGUUAUGUUUUGGGGGUGUUUACCGCCCACAGGACUCUGCUGAACUUUAUUAUUAGUGUGCAAAGAAAAAACACAGAUGUUAAAAUAAACAUUUUAUUUCUCUCCUUGUGGUAAUAA